AUGACUAUUCCAAAUACCAUCUCAAUGGGGCCUUACAAUGGCAGCAUAACUUACCCGGGGCAAAGCAAGAGUUGCUACAUCUGCUCCUCAACAUUACAUCAUGUUAAAGACUGUGACAUACUUAAGUGCUGGAAGUGCGGACAGCAUGGUCAUAAAGGAAAAGACUGCAAAAGCACAGAAAUCUGUAAUCUAUGCAACAAAGGUCACACUUUCUUCAAUUGCCCUUACUCCUACAGUAACAAAAUUAAAGGUUCUCAAAGCCAACAAAAUCAAUCUGUGCAAGUGAUCAACCCUCCGUCUUCUCUAGAAACAAAUCCGCUACAGGAAGUCUGCACACAAGAGCCUUUAACAACUACAAUUGAAACCAACAAUGAAGAUAAGAAGCAACAAGAAAAGAACAUCGAACCCGAGGGAAACAAAACAUCGGACUCCGACACUUCUAGCUCAUCGACCAGCUCUGAUGAAACAGACUCUUCUUCCUCCACCACCACAGCAAGUGAUGAACUCACGAGCCCUCCUGCUCCAACCAAGAAGAUUUCGAUUAAACCUUCGACUUUAAAGCCUCUAUCAAAUGAUAAUGUUCAAGCUGUCAUAGAGGAGAAGACCGGUGGUAAAACUAGAGCUAAGGCCAAGACUCGUUCAUCCCGUGCCGGCCUUCAGUUCCCUGUGGGCCGUGUUCACAGAUUGCUACGUAAGGGUAAUUACGCCGAGCGUGUGGGCGCUGGUGCUCCUGUCUACUUGGCUGCCGUGCUGGAGUAUCUGACCGCUGAGAUCCUCGAGUUGGCUGGUAACGCCGCCAGAGAUAACAAGAAGUCUCGUAUCAUCCCUCGUCAUCUGCAGUUGGCCGUGCGUAACGACGAGGAGUUGAACAGACUGCUUGGAGGUGUAACCAUCGCUCAGGGCGGUGUGCUGCCUAACAUCCAGGCUGUUCUGUUACCCAAGAAGACCGAGAAAGCAGCCAAGGCCAAGUAAAGUCGCUCUCGUGUUCUAACCA